UAAUUAAAAAGAAAAAGAAAUUAGGUCUAGAGAGUUCAUACUCGCAAAAAAUAAUACAUAGUUCUCUUGUAAUUAAAACAUUUUAUUGUGUAUUAAUGUAUAGAUUUGCUUUUCUUUCUUAAAUGUAUUUGCUUUCUUAUUUUUAAUUGGCAUAUCUUGUAUUCAACAAAAUGUUGAGAGUGAAGGAUUUUUUAUAUAGACACAGGAGGAAAUUUCUGAUUGGAGGUGCAGUUAUAGGUGGUGUUGCUCUCCUCAGUCGUUAUGCAGAACGUAAGCUUAUUGAAUGGCACGAUCAACAGACACGAAUCUUACUGGACAAACAGAAAAAGCGACAACAUUAUGAAAACACACACAGAACAGCAAAUGCUACAGUUAUGAGCUUGUCAGUCAGUAUGAAAGAAGUAAUUUCCAAAGAGCUAGAUGCAGAUGCACUUCUUCAAGCAGUGAGGGAACAGCCUCAACACAAACAUAAUAUUUGGCAGCAACUCAAGAUUGUGGGAUUCAGUCGUGCUGUUUCAACUGUUUAUGUUGCAAGUUUGGUGUCCUCAGCUGUGCAUAUACAACUCAUGCUACUUGGAGGAUACACAUUUGGGGACCUCGUACAUUCUGGUCAUGCAGGCAUACCAAUAUCUCAAGCACUACAGCAAAAAUAUCUUGCAAUUCUUCACUACCUUGUUGAGGAGGGAGUUCCCAAACUUUUGCAGCAUGUGACACAAGCUGUCACCCAUAUAAUCUCUGGAUUGCCUCUUAAUCGACCUCUUACUUUAUGCCAGUUAGAAGGAAUCUUCCAGGAAAUUAAACUUGACCUAGCUGGAGAAGCUGUCUGUGAAGGCGGCCUUCAGGAGAGAAGACUGGCUAAGCUUGAGCCAUGGAGCAGAUAUGUACUUCUUGCUCCUGUACCACCUGAAGGUGGAACAGGUGAUGAUAGGAUACUCUACAAUAUGUUAAUUGAAACAAAUGAUAUUCUUGAUUGUGAAGAUUUUAGUACUGUAAUGGACACUUUAAUUCAACAUGGUUUUAAUCAUUUGUUGGACAGAAUUGCUGAAUUUUAUCCACUCCCAAAAAAUCAACUUGGGGCCAGUGGAUCUAAUGAGAAUUGGGUGGAUAAUGUUAGUCGAGAUGUUCCAGCUAGUGUGUGUGACAAUGCUGGUGAGAGUUCUUCACUACAACAUCCUAUUACUACUACCACUAGUUUCUCUCAGAACAGCUCCCUUCCUGUGGCUAAGUUAGUUCCACUUUUAUCUGGGGUGGUGCAUGCAGCUUUAUCCCCGGCACCUGGGCAGCUCUUGCAGAAGGUUCUCACAGUUGACAAACUUGAAUCACUGGGAGCAAAUGUUUAUGAAGCUUUUGCAUUGCCUCUUGGACAGCAGGUAUGAGGUGCAUUUAUUCUAAACAACUACGUAAACAUUUAUAUGUUGAUUGCUGAAUUGAGUUAUUCAUCAUAUAACUUUUGUUAAAUCUAAAUUACACUGUCAAAAAAUAUAAAUUGUCAGGAAUAUGCUGGGUUUAUAUAAAACAAAUUCUAGAAAUAUACAAAAUGUUGCUGUAUUUCCCAUCAUAUGAUGCAUAUUUUUUCCAGACUUUUUAUUAAAAAACUGCAUUUAUUUAACCCAUAUCAUCAGUAUUACUGAAGAAAAAAUAAAUUUUUUAUUUA